CCCAUAAACCUUAAUAUACCUACUAGUAUGCAAACCGCAACUGUAAUUACCUGUAAUCAGUAAUCACAAAUCACAACUAACGAUGUAUGAAAUCUGAUAUUAUUAUAAUUAAUGAGGAGUGAAUAUAGGCAAAAUUAUACACAAUCUCUUAUCUCAGUGGAACAAAUGAUAACGUUUGUCCCUGAUUUGUAUCCACAGUGUCAUGUAUUCUAUUAUUAGAUCAUAAACAAAUGUACGAUAUUUUGAUAAUAUGAUCUAAUAUACCUAACCUAUAGUAGGUAAUAUUCUAUUACACAGUAAUUGUUUUAUGUUUAUGAUAAUCAUUAAUUUAUGCACACUAUUCGGUGUUCUGUUUAUACUUCAUUGCUCAAAUGAUAAUAAAUUGAGUAUUAAAACAACUAUUUAAGAAAUAUUAUAUUAAUUCGUGAUUGAAAGUGAUAUUUUAUGGUCAAAUUUACUUUUAUUUAUAUACGGUAUUUUAUUUUUCAAUAUAAUUUACCUACUUUUUUCAAUGACAUCAAAAAAGAAUACCUUGUUAUCAUUUUUCACAAACAAUAAAAAAAUUCGAAGAGAAAAUGAAAAUAACGAGACUGAAGUAAGUGCUAAUUUUUGUGAAAUUUGAAAUGUAAAUUCAAGUUUUUGUGAUAUUUAGGUGAACUCACCAGUAAGAAAAAUUACAGAAGUAAACAAGUCUGCAUGUACCACAAAUUCUUUAGAAAGUUUUAGUGAGGCAUCGAAUUCACGAUUACAGCAAGUGCUAACUAAUCUAUGGGUACCAGAUGUUGAAUAUAAAUUCCCAUUGCUUGCAAAAAAUGAAAAACGUGGCUUAAGAUUUCAGCAUAAAUGGCUAAAAGAAUUUAAUUGGCUGGCGUAUUCAAAUGUCAAAAAUGGGACAUUCUGUAAAUACUGUGUACUGUUUGCAAAAAAUGGUGGUGUUGGAAGCCAGCCUUUGGGUAGCCUUGUUACUGUUGCUUUCAGCAACUGGAAGAAGGCAAAAGAGACUUUUCGGGCUCGUGGAAGUUUGAAAUAUCAUACAUUGUCUGUUCUAGACUCUGAACACUUUUUAAAAUAAUAGAAAAAAAGGAACUGUCUAUAAUAGAACGCAUAGAUAAUAAUAGAAUGGUACAAAUUGAAGAAAAUAGAAGGAAAAUAGGACCAAUUAUUGAGUGUAUAAUUCUAUGUGGUAAAGAAGAGUUGGCUUUGAGAGGACAUAGAGAUUUUGGUGAUAUCUUAGUAGAUGAUGAUUCAAGGCAAGGCCAUUUCCGUGGUAUUCUCAAGUACAGAGCAAAAGGAGAUGAAUUUUUGCGUAAUGUUCUUGAGGGUUCAGGGAAACGUAAUAAAUAUACGAGUCCAAUUAUACAAAAUGAAAUAAUUCAGUCAUGUAACACAAUUUUACUAAGGAAACUAGUUAAUGUGAUUAAUAAAUCUAAAUGUUUCUCUGUUAUGGCUGAUGAAACAACCGACAUAUCGACUAAAGAGCAACUCAGUAUAUGUGUUUGAUAUAUUGAUAAAAACAAUAAGUUGCAUGAGAACUUUUUACGAUUUUUUGAAAUUGAUAGCUUGACUGGUUAUGACUUGGCUAACUCAAUAUUAAAUGGCUUAAACAGAUGUGGAAUUGAUUGCAAUUAUUUAUAUGGCCAAGGCUAUGAUGGGGCCAGUAAUAUGGCUGGUCGAUUUAAAGGAGUACAGACUAUUGUGAAAUCUAAAUACCCCAACGCUAUAUAAUAUGUACAUUGUGCAGCACAUUCGCUGAAUUUAGCUGUUUCAACAGCUAGUGGUAUAAAACCUAUCAGAAAUUGUUUGGGGGUGAUCGAAAAAGUUUAUAAUUUUUUCAAUACCCCUAAAAGAAAUUCUGUUCUUUUAAAUACCAUUGAGAAUUCAAAUAAUGCACCCCAAGUAAAACAACUCAAACGGCUUUGUGCUACUCGUUGGAUUCAACGUUAUGAUUCUGUAAAUGAUUUUUCUGAACUAUUUUCAUUUGUUCUCAAUGCGUUAGACAUUAUAUCUGAUUGGAAAGAAUCAACAGAUGCUGAAAUGCUUCAGAAAGCGUUAAAAGAUUCAGAGUUUAUGAUUUCUUUGAUUGUUAUAAAGGUAUUAUUUUCUUAUGGACUUCUGCUGUGUAAACAAUUGCAAAAAGUUCAAAUUGAUUUGAAAAAGACAAUACUCAUAGUAGAAAAUGUAAUAGCUACUUUAAAAUGUAUCAGAGAAAAUAAUGAAAUAGAAUUCAAAAUUAUCUAUAAUAAUGUCAAAAAAAUGGCAGAUGAUGUUGGAAUUGAAUUGCUAGAGAAAAGAAUUUCUUCUAAACAAACACAUAGAGCUAAUCCAAAUUUACAAAAUCAUUCUACCGAACAAUACUAUCGUGUAACAGUAUUUUUACCAUAUAUUGAUUACUUUAUAUCACAACUUACUGAGCGUUUUAUAAAUCAUAAAAGUAUUUUUGAAGGGUUCGAUUGCAUUUUUAAAACCCAGCCAUUGCCACUAGAGAUAAAUGACCGAGAACAAUUUAAUAAGCUUGUGAACAUAUAUUCACCCGUUGUAGAUAAAUUCAAUAGCAUAGCCGAAUUCAAUAUGUGGAAAACAAAACUAUUUACAGAUAAUAUCAUUCUUAGUUCAGGAUUACAGGCAUUAGAAAUUUGUGAUAAAGAAUUUUAUCCCAACAUUUACAUGUUGAUAAAAAUAUUUUGUACGCUUCCAGUGUCAACAACAACUCCUGAACGAUCAUUCUCUAAUUUAAAAAGAAUUAAAACUUAUCUCAGGAAUAGUAUGAAUGAAACUAGACUGAAUGGAUUGGCUCUAUUAGCAUGCCAUACAGAAACAAAGAUUACACCAGAUGAAGUCAUUGAUGAAUUGUCUCUGAAAAAUAGAAGACUGGAGUUUGUUUUGUAAAAUCACUGCAAAUAAAUGGCUAUAUGUGCCUAUGUGUUAUAUAUACCUAUGUAGAUAAUAGAUAUCAAUGAUCAAUAUAAUUAUAUGAUAUUUUACAUUUUUACAGAACAAAUUAUUAAUUAGCUAAAUAUUUUAUAAAUUUAUUUCAUUGUGUUGAUUAUUAUAAAUCUAUAUUAAGCUAUUAAUAUAUUUUUUAUUCAUUA